CGAUGAUUGCCGGAGAUAACGUUUACCUUUGUCGGGCACCAGACUAAUCGAAGCAGGUCCGGCGGCCACAUUAUGCAAAUUCUGAUGUAGGCCCUGCGCAUUCUCUCCAAGUGCUAAGAUGGAAGUGGGGUGCAGUGCUGGUGAGAGUUCAGAAGGUCCUGAUGAGAAGUCUCUAGAGGCGUUGGGUGAACAACAUCAGAUAGAAAAACCUGCAAAUGGAGGAGAUAGAUCCAAACCACUUCAAGCCAAUGUACCGCUUCCCUUUGUUGCCGAAACCAUGAAACCAGAUGAUGAUAGCAUAAGACUGAAUUGUCUAGAUGGUAGUUCAUAUCCAGAUGCAGAGGAACAAAGUAUUUCUAACAUUAUGGAUAAUCCGGUUUCUUUUGAAUCUGAAAAUUCAACAAAAGAUAUUGCUGAAGUUCAGGAUGUUUCAAGCUUGUCCACCUAUGACACCAAAUGUGAAGAAUUUGAGCAUAGACCUGAAACUCUUGGAGAGAGUACAAAUGUGACUUCAAGUGUUGUAAAUAAAGUUAUUUGUAUACCUAAAAAUGAGCCCAGCUCACCUGUACCUCUACCUGUGGGAGACACUUUAAAAGCAAUAGCAGCUGAUGUUCCACAAAAACAAACAACGAUUCAACUUCAAGCGUGUGAAUAUGAAGAAAUAGAAAAUACACCUACAUGCACCUCAGUAACAAAAUUAGGUGAAGAAAUGAAAUCUAUUUCAAAUGUGGACACUAAAAUUGCAGUUGAAAAUGACAAUUUAGCCAAGAAACAAGAAGAACUUGUUGUUUCAGCUUCCUCUCAAUCUGGCGCAAAUUAUCUGAACUUUGAACACACAACUACACAAGACUCAAUGCCAGUCGAUGAAGUCUGUCUCUGCCAUAAGAAACAGUUCCGCAAGUUUAAAUGUGGUGCUUGCUCACAACGAUUCAAAACCAUUUGUUUACUUCAUGAACAUUUACGAAGUCACCAAUCAAACGGCUCAUAUCACUAUGACCAAGUGACUUACACUGCUUUUCCGCUACAUGAUGCUAGUUGUAGCGCUAUGCAAACAGAUAUUAUCUCAACAGUUUCAGAAAAUACUGAAGUGAUUUCAGACAAGGAAGUUAAAGCCCUUAUAAGGGUGCCUGGUAAAAAGAGAGGAAGAAAGAGAAAAAUUGAAGCCAUAAAAAUCGAUUUAAAGAAUUUAAAAGACAAAAAAGGCAAAGAAGAUAUUCUUGAAAAGGAUUCAGUAAAAGAGUUAAAAGAGGACAAGUCAUCAGUGCCCCAAGUGCAGAAGAAAAGGGGACGAAAACCAAAGAAUAAGCCUGAUAUCUCCACCUUAGCAUCUCAAUCAAAGACACAAAUUAUCGGUGAUGCUGUGGAAAGGAAAGAUGAUAAAGAAUCGGUGCUAUCAAUCAAACCACUUUCAAAGUCUGACUCUGCUGGAAAUAUUGAAUAUGAUAGUGAUGUUACGGUUGUUAAUGCUACUCAAACAUUGGACUCUGCAAUUAAAACCGAAGAAGUUGUAGAUGACACUAUAAAUGAAGAAGAUCUGGAGGAUACAGGAUUUGUUGAAGAAGAGCUAGCAGUAAAAGUAAAAAAAGCAAAAAAAGAAAACAGUUUGAGUGCCCUGACUGACCAGAAAACUCGCAGAGGACGAAAAAAAGGUGCCAAAAAUGAAAGAGACAAAAAAGAGAAAUCUGAGGACAUAUUCAUGUCGUGUGAGAUAUGCAAUACUGUCAUGCUACAGAGGAAGUACCGGGAGCACAUGAUCAUGCAUACAGGAGAGAAAUCAUUUAUCUGUGAGGUGUGUGGUGCUGCAUAUGCAAAGCUGAGCAACCUUUCACGGCAUAAGAUAACACAUCGUGAGGUAAAGCCCUUCAAGUGCGAGUUCUGUCCAGCGCAGUUUGUACGGAAAAAGGAUUAUGAUGGCCACAUUAACAGCCACAAAGGUUACCGACCCCACAAGUGCAAUGUGUGUGACAAGUGUUUCCUGACGAACAAGGGUCUCAUACAACACCAGGAGAAUAUUCACAUGGGUGUCACCAAGUUUCAGUGCCAGCAUUGUGAACGUAGAUUCUUCAAGAAAUCUGGACUGUUUGCCCAUCAAGCCACGCAUUUUGAAGCAACCAUGAAGUGCCAAUUUUGUGAUCGUAAGUUCCGCGACAAGUGUGGAUUACGUAAACAUGAACGCACCCACACCGGAAACAAACACUACCAGUGUCACGUGUGUGAGCACGCAUUCAAUCAAUGCACACCAUUCUACGUACAUAUGGAAAAACGACAUAACAUGAAUCGAGAGGCCAUUAAGACUGUCAUGCGUGUUGUGACUGAAGCUUUUAAGAGAGAUGGUAAAAGGGUGGAACUGUACCGGAUCCCAGAUGAUGUUGAGGAGAUAAUGGCUGGCUUAGAGCUGGAGGAAGAAAGAAUAGCAGCCCAAGGGGACACAACUCCAGCUGCAAGUAAGCCCCCCCUACCUCGUGUAAGUCCCUCCAUCAUCGCCCAUGUGGUGCACAAGCCUAAGGAGAAGUGUAAGGUUCCUAGGGUUUGUAAUAUCUCUUAUAGUGGGAAUAAAAGUACGGGUUCAAGUAUUGAUGCUUUAGAAAGUGGUGUGUUACAGGUACAUGUGGAUAGCAGCAUGUCAAACGCGCUUGAUAUGUUGGCCAUGGAACAGAAAUCAACAUGUGCAAGUGAUUUGAUUACAUUAAAUGAAAAGGCAAUUAUGGCAGAAAAUCCAGUGUCCACAAGUGAAAUGAUUCUCAUGGAUUAUAAACAUAACGCAGCCAGUAACUCCAGCGGUGUACACUUCUUAAAUCUUGACCACCAAAACCGUCCACUUAUAUCCACUGAUGGCCACAUUCAGCUGGUAUCUGCCGAUAUUCAAAUACCUGUGUACCACCCCAUGCAACCAAGCGGAUCUCAUAGCCAUGUUAGUGAUGAAGGGCUUAAACAGAAAUCCUACAUCCAGGCAGGGCAUCCAAAGCAGAAAAUGAAGCUUCUGUCCCAGCACCAAACCUUUCAGACCCCUUGGUCUGUCCCCACCUCCCAGACAGACCUGGGUCAGGGGUCAAAGAUGCAGCAAGUUCCAAUUAUAUAUGCACCUCAAGGUCAGAGUGUCGACCCACUUGCCGAGGCCUACACUGCUGAUUUCAUUGAGAGAAUUUUUCAGGGGCAAUAACUCUUGGCAUUUUUGUUGUAAUAUUGUGCACAUAUCUUGUGUGAUAUAAAUUGUGUACAAGUACAGUCAAUGACUUUGAAUAUUUAGCUCAUUUGUCUUUUAAGUAAAUAAUUAGGUCAAAAUUAGGUCUUGCAGCCUUGACAUCAUGCAAAAUUGCCAACCAGAUUUAAACUUCAAAACCAUUUAAGAGGUUAACAUGAUAACCUGUUUCAUAUGAUCCCAAAAUGGAUGGAUUGUUCAGAACUAUGUUAAAAUUUAUAACGUAAUAACCUGUACAGAUGGAACAGUUAGUUGUCCAGCAUUUUCAUCCACAUUUUUAGUCACACUUUCAUUUCCGGUCAAUCACUUAUUGAUGAUUUGUAGUAGACUCUCCAAACUUGGUGAGGUCAUGGUCAGUAGACACCAUUAUAUAGUGUCACUGUCAGUAUGUCAAUGUUUAUGGAUGUGGUGAUCUUAAUGGAAAAAAAUGAUUGUUGUUCUUGACCGGUGCCACAUUUGUGGAUUUCCAGUUUUCUUCAUGCUGGUGUACCAAAUGUAACACUUAAUGUAAGCAUAUUUGUUAUGCUUCACUUUAUCAUAUAUAAAUGAUACUUCAUAUUUAUAGCAUAUUUUUAUAACUGGUGUUCACAUUGAUCUUAACUACUUAUGCAAUUUUCUACUUUCUGUAUAUAGCACUUCUAGUCACGUUUCAAUGAGUCUUCCUGAUGCAUUUAUUGAUAGCUUUUAAUGACUUGUAUUACUUUGUGAUUGUUCUUAUGUUCUCAUUUUACUUACCCAUGUAAAGAUGAUUAAUUUUGUAACUGAAAUCAUUUGAAUUCACUUUGUACAUUUUUGAAGGUACACGUUUGCUUGUAAGUUGCAAUAUAUAACAGUAUUGCUUGAAGAUAUUGUUUGUUAUUAAUCAAAAAUCCACUGCCUCAUUUGUACACAUUAAUUAUACAACCCAACACAAACAUAGCAUGUAUUAGUACUACUUCUUAGUCCUUAUUUGUGAAGGCUGUAAUAAUGGUUGUUUAAAUUACAUGGGCUAUAUCAUUAAAGUAUCUUGAGAAACCUGUGUGAAUUUCAUGGUUGUUAAAUGACAUAUUAAUUAAGUUAUUAACAUUUUUUAUAAACGUUUUACAUUUAUUAAUAUCGUUGAGCUGUUAUUCUUCUGAUCAGGGGGAUAAAGAAACAGUGAAUGAAAUAUAUAGUAUUAGUCGUCUAUGUUCUCCUCAAAAUAAAUACUUUAACAGAUUUAAAGAUUCUGAAAAAUGUCACAUGUUAUGAACUUAUGAGAUCUGUAUGAGAGCUGCAUUUCUAGCUUGAAUAUUGAGGAAAAUAACGCUUUAUCACCAAACAUCCCCAUCAUAUUGUGAAAAGUUUCCCAUCCUGCAAGUUUUUUCCUGCUAGUUUAUAUAUACAUGUACAUAAUAUGUGUGUACGGUAUGACAUAUUAUAUGGUAGACAUGUGCAUGUUAUAAUAUGUAGUUAUGCAUAAAGUUGCAUUAAAACUAAGAAGAGA